AUGGAAACUGUACCUCAGAUCAACAGCUUCAAUGCGCUUACUAAGCCGAAGGUGUACCAGGGUGUCCGAGUGAAGACCACGGUCAAAGAGCUGCUACAGAGGCACAGAGCCCGGGAGGCCAACAGCAAAAAACUCGAGACGAUACCCCAGUCGUGCUUGGAUCUUCAGGAUCUUUGCGCGUCCACUCUUCCAAAUUUAAUUCCGUCAGGUCGUUAUGUGGACCCUCCUCCAGCCAACACUCCAGCAGACGCGAGCAGCUGUGGCGCGCGAGCUCUCCAGCUGCGCACCGCCCCGUUCCAAGUCUCUGAUAGCUCGUGCAACAUCCAGAUGCAGGGAGACAUAUAUAACGACAUCCAGCAGCAGUUUGAGGACAUGAUGUUGCCCAGCAACUGCUACAGUGGCAAUAACAACAACAACAUCGGCGGUGGCAGCAGCUGCAACGCCUCUCUGCCUCCCCCCCCUACCUUCCCGCUGCCCUGGUGCCAUGGACUCUCCUCAGAUGCGGACUAUUAUGGGAAUGUGAUGGCUCCCUGCUCCCCACCAGAGUCACUGAAGCUCUGCAGCCCCAUGGAUCACAACAGCUACUCACCACAGGACUCUUUCUCCUCCUCCUCUUCCUCCUGCUACGACUCGCCCACCAGGAUGGAGUCCAGCUACCACAGCUUUGCCUCAGAGCCCUAUCACUACCAGCACUGCAACCUCCAGGACUGUUACUGCCUGCCUCACUGUUGGCAAGGCCAGCAGGAGAGCUUCUCUGCCCCUGAAUACACACCGUACUACAACCCCACAGAUUAUCCAUACACCUGUCCUGUAGAAGAGAACUAUUUUAAGAGGGAUUUGCAGAUGAGCUCUGAAAUGUGUUACAAUGUACUAUGAUGAGCCCUUCAGCAGUAUUGUCUUCUGACUGUAAAUAUGAUUCUCUUUAAUUACUCAGUAAGGCUAUUUGCUUAAUUGCCCUCUUUGCAUUUCAGUGUGCUCUUACUGGUUUGUGCUUUGAGAAGUGAAGAGUGAAUAUGGUGAAUGCUAAAUGGAUGGAAAGGCUAAUAUUUUUGUAUCGGUUUCUGUUUUUUAAUACUUAGAUUUAUUUUCAUACAUACUUGUUGCUGAUUUAAAUAAAAUGUUGUUGAACUCA